UUGUAUGAGACAGGCGUGACUAGCCCUUCGGAGAAGUCUCAUCAACGGGCGUAUGGGGUGCUCCGCAACUUCUCCUCUAUGUAAAGAACAAAGAGAUGGUUUUCAGAUGCAUCGUGAAAAUCCUACGGAAAUCUUCGCCGCGGACUAGUUCGGGUUGUCUCUCGGGUCGUUGAUCUUGGUGCACCUAUUGUUUUGCGAUCAGUUCACGGCCUAUCCUUUACGAUAUACGAAACUUCUCAAAGUCCAGUCGACGAUGAUUGCGUACGUCGUUGCUAAUCCAUCAAGAGGGGGCAUUGGUCUAUUUCAGGCUUGAGGAUGAGAUACAUAGUUGCCUGCUUUCCUACUCCAACGACAACGUUACAAAAUAUUUCAACCCUCUUCUGAUAGGUGCUGUACAGUAUUUGCAGCGCGCUGACUGAUUCUAACAACAGUCAUCCUCAAUAAUGGGCAUUGACACAACACUUCGGCUGCACUGGACUCAACGGAUUGCGCUCGUUAGACACAAUCUCCAUGCAGCCCGUCGAACCAACGACUUCACCUUCUUCAAAACGCUCCAGGCGCACGCCAUCAUUGAUGGAACGGAUCACGUGGCAAUUCUCCACUCCGUCCUCGGGAAUGAUGCGGAUUCAGUCCUUUCGACGCUCGACAACCUCAACGCCGGCAUUGCCUACGUGCACCAAGAUGCCUUUAAAGCCGUCUACGACGGCGCAAAGUCUACCAUGUACAAGGCCGACAACUCCCCUUCCAGCCGACGAUCCCUCCUACGAGUUGACAUCUGCCAACAACGCGACAUGGCGGACCAUGCCAUCGACAAGACCGCCAAUUCAGCGGUCCAGCUCAUCCAUGCCCAGCCUGUCUACUGUCAGGACGCCGUCGCCAACGCUUGGAUCACCGGAACGACCAUCAUUGCCGACGCAGUCUGCGUCUGCCUGAACGAAAUGGAAGCCAUCGAGGACAACCUAGACGACUUCAUCCGUCUUGAAUACUCAUGGAACAGCCUUCAGAGCUCUGUAGAUGCUGCAAUCUCAGCCUUGCGUGGCAUAUUCAGCCUCAUGGAGCGCUCAAACCUUUCAACAAGUUCGUCGCGCAAUCUGAGUGUUUCCUCGGCAGUCGGCUCAGAGGGUGGCGGAAGUAGCUUUCGCAGCAGGAAUUCCUCUACUGCAUCAGCUUUUGGUGGCUUGAUCAAGAGAGCGUUCAGUCAGUCCAACAACAUGGGCCCACCACCUCCAACGCCCUCUAAGCCUGGCCGCACUAGCUCACUCUCUAUACCUGAUGCGAAUCCGAGGACCCUUCGGCUUAGCAUCAGCGGUUCGUGUCCAACGAAGAUGUCUACGUACACGGAUCAUCCCCAUACCCUGUUGACAACAAUCCCACCAACACCCAGCGUGCAUGAAACACCAACAGCGGCAGCAAGCCCUUUCAGGUCAAAGGGCGACUACUUUGCUUUCGACAUGGAGAAAGAAGUCGACAAAACUAACAAGGAGAACUCUCCCUCCCCUAGCGACCUCAUGCAGAUUGAAAGCUUAGACCCAUUGUAUUCGCCACCCGCCGACAAUACUGGAAAGGCCUCGCUGCCACUGAGUCUUCGGAGGCUUUCGGAGCAUUUCCUUUCUCCGCCAGCGGCCGUCGGUGCUUGAUCCCACGUGCUGUGCCGCCGGACUCCCGCAAUCGUGCGUUCGGUCAUGUUCUCAACAUUUUAUACCUGCGCGGCACAGCAUACUUUGGGACGGCGAUUGUCCGUCAAGCCUGUCACAACCCUUUAUUCAAUGUUUGCUCCUUGCUAGCUUUCUUUAUCAAGAUCAAUGUACGUGUAAUGCUAUAUUAGAAUGUCCAUUCCAUAGUAUCUAAUCCCA